AUGGACACUUCAAGAUUCCAGCUUAUCCAUUUUGAUUUACAAGCCAUUUCACGAGUCGCCACAGCCGAGGCACUGGCUACACCUAAGGUUCACAAGAAAAGAAAGCUAACGCUUCGCAACAGGGACCUUGCUAUAGAUAAUUUGAAGUACCAGGAUGUAAUGGAGUCUGAGCAGUUACUUCGCAGUCAACAGCUUGAAAACGGGGAAGAUACGGAAGUCGUAACUAUUGUAGAUCGCACUAUGAAGUUUGAGAACCAAGACGAGCUGCUCUUCUUACAUAGCCAGUUUCUUUCCAAAAUGAACGAAGUCGCUAAUGGUGUAUAUGAGUAUGUUCUGGACGAGAUGAAGCUUCUUUUCAGUGGAGAGCAGCAGUUGUUGAUGGUGAAAAACAAGAAAAUCGACAAGCUACCACUGCGACUACUUCUUUCGGUCAAUAUAGCACAGUCUCUAGAGAACGAAACACUCAAGAGCGAAGUGUAUUUGUUGAAUUUAUCCAAUCUCACACAGUUGAAAAACAACUUGCUGAGUUCAAAACCAAUUGUAGGGUUACUUUUCAAUACCAAAACGUACACAAUUGAAGUCUCGAUCCAUUACAAGAUCCAGCUCACAUCUAAUCUAUACCGUAAUUGCCAGACAGAGGUUAUCAGGAACAUCCGUAUGUUGAUGGCUAAUAUCGCACAGCCGUGUCCGACUGAUAAUGAACCUCAUAACUUGGUUCAUAAGUAUAGUAACCGAGAAAGUGUGACCAGUGGACUAUUCUACAGAUCCAUAUCUGAAAACACAGAGCAACUUCCACGUAUUGAAGAGGAUUUUGACAUUCCUGAGCUCGAAACGAACCUCAUACGUUUCCAAAAGAAAACCGUGAACUGGAUCCUCGAAAAGGAGAAUGUCAAGUUUAACUUCCACAGCAAUAGAUGUACUAAAGUACCACUUAUAGACGAUUCCGCAAUCGAAUUGAUAACCUCUUCACUCAGAAAUGAGCCAACCGACAACGACAAACUCGAUACGCUUCUUUAUACCAUCAUGAACAAACUCUGUUUCGGAUGGAAGAGGAUCUCCUUGAACAACGAGAAAUACUUCUUCAAUGCCUAUACUGCCCAUUUGGCUUCGAGAAAAUCCGUGUGCAAAUACUUGCAUAGUUACUACAAUGAUAGCGAUAAGCUCAUGUGUCCAAAAUACCUACCAGCACAGGCAUUGCUAUCGGAAGAAAUGGGGUUGGGAAAAACUGUAGAAAUGACAGCAUUGAUGCUCAUGAACAAGAGGUCUAUAGAAGAGGUUAAUGAACCGUUAAGAGUUCAACUCCAUACUUUUGGCGAAGUCAAAACCAUCAUAAAAGCAAAGACUACACUCGUCAUUGCGCCAGAUUCAAUCUUGAAACAGUGGGUGGAAGAAAUCGUUCAUCUAGCUCCAAGUCUAGCUGUAACUAUUUACCAAGGUGUGGGGAAAUAUCCAAAGUUAGACAAUAAUGCUGUAUUAAUAGCUGAGUAUUUAAGAAAGUUCGAUGUGGUAUUCACGACGUAUGCUGUGAUAUCAAGGGAAUUAGACUAUGCAUUAUACUCUUCCAGAGGUAAAAACACAAGAAACGCUACAAAAAAAAGAACCCAAUCAGAACACUUUGAAGAAACAUCAGCUGGAGAUAUAAUUCCCAGCUCUUCAACUGAAAAUGACAUAGUAGUUCAAGAUGAGCAGGCGCUCUUGAGCGACUAUAAGUCUUUAUUUCAACUUGCAAUUACUUCCAAGAAGCCCAAGAUUGCAAACGUUAGAUCUAGUGAUUCCAACGAAACCGAUUAUGAAAUGGCUCUACAAGAUGAGAUUGCUUUGGCCAUACGCCAUAACCGACUUCCCGAAAUUUAUAAGAAAGUCGACUACGAAUCUCCGCUUAUGUUGAGUCAGUUUUGGAGAGUUGUUUUGGAUGAGGUCCAAAUGGUGUCAUCGACCAUAUCAAGAGCUUUCCAGAGUGCAGCAUUGAUACCUAGAUAUCAUUCUUGGGGGGUGUCUGGUACUCCAAUCAAGAAGAAUCUUGGAGAUUUGCAUUCAGUUCUUCAUUUCCUUAGAUAUCAGCCAUUUUGUGGUGAUGUAGGUAAGCUAUCGUGGGACUACAUAACCGAUGUUGUCAACAAUACUAAUGAUGACUUUGUAAAGCUAUGGACUACAAUUGCAAUCAGACAUACCAAGGCAAUGACCCAUGACGAUAUUCAAUUACCUCCUCAGUCUCGUGUUCUUUUGACAAUUCCUUUUACUCCUAUUGAACAAGAUUUCUAUAAUGAAAAGUUGGAAGAAUGUCUAGCUGCUAUCUGUUUGGAUGUCAAUGGAAAUCCCAUAAGCAACGAUUGGGAACCCUCUCCAACAAUUAUGACAUAUAUGAGAACAUGGUUGAUGAGACUAAGGCAAAUUUGCUGUAAUCCCCAGAUUGGAAAUCUCAAUCUUGGAUCUAGAAAGUAUAAGAAGAACUAUGCUUAUAACAGGACUUUCGGUGCUAUUCAGCAGUUGAAAACUUUGGAAAAUCUCUUGGAUGACAUGUUGACCAAGGCAUAUAAUGAGAUUGUAGAGAUUGAAAAACUGAUUAUUCUGUUGUAUCUUGAUAUGGGAGAAUUCUAUGAAUUCAUAUACAAUCCCAAGGAAGCGCUUCUUUUUCUAACUGUUGGAGUAGAUGAAACUGAAAAGAUAAUACAUCGUUUGAAGUUAAUCCUUGAGAAGUACAUCAAGGACUAUAGAAGUCAGAGCAGAAAGUUGGAUUUACAGAAUAGUGACGAAAAGGACGAAGAUAUUGGAAGAAUCGACGAGCGUGGAACUCCAGAACUUGCUAUUGUGAAAGAUGAAGUUUUAGAGAAACUUGAAGAAAAAAUCAAACUGACUAGAAUUAGGAUGAGAAAUUGGAAUAUAAUCUUGCAUCGGUUCUAUUUCCUUAUUGCCUCGUCCUACUUUCAGCAAUAUGAUAAGGAAUAUAUGGAGAUCAUGAGCAAGUCUCAGGUGUCACAGAGAGAUAUUCACAGCCUUGAAGAAGUGAAGAAAAUGAUGCACUACGAAGAGGGCUCCAGAGCAGACGAAUUGGCGUCUUUGGUAAAUGGCGUAGCACCAGAGGAUUUUGUAUUCACCAAGAAGCCCAUUAUGACUGAAUACGUUCAAGAAGCAGAUAUUAAGGAAUCUGAGAUUGAGGAGGCUAAGCUUAAAUUCCUAGAACUGAAAUACUAUGAUCUAGCUGAAGCUACCCGUGGAGAGAUUUUGCGUGGUUCUAUUUCCAGUGUGGAGAAUGCUGUUAAAACAAGAAUAUCAACAAGAGGUCGCUACUACGAUGGCCCAGGAGAAUUUGUAGAUAAUGGAACCACUUUAAUACCCAGAAACUCGAAGAAGUUCUUCAUGGUGAUUCCAAUCAUUGAAACUGACUAUUUUGUUGAUUAUUCGAUUUUUUUUAAAAUUAAGUUAUUUGUGGACAAAUUGAAUAGGUUGAUUCUUGAAUUGAACACACAAGCCAAUACGAUCAACAAUUGGAUGCAGAAUUUGGUGAGUAUCUUAUGUACUCCCUUGUUGACCCUGGAUAAGAAUCCUGUUGGUAAUGAAUACGAAGAAACUAUUCAGGAUCAAGAUAAAGUAUCGUGUUAUUUAUUCGUUUUGUCUCAAGUGUUGACUGAUCGCUCUGAAUUUGUUAAUGGUGCAGAGAAUUCUACGAAGAUUGUCAGUAUUAAAAAGGCUCAAGAAAAGAAAGAGGCAGACUUGGAAUUACAGAAAAUCAAUGAUGAAUCCUUCCUAAUUGGAUUAACUGAAGCUAGAGAACAAAUUAGACCUCGUGUUAAACUGUCAUUGCAAGAGUUGGUUUUAUCCAUCAAGACAAUUGAAGCGGAACUUAAGGACGAAGAACAGAAUGACCCUGAGAGAACGAGAAUUCAAUUGGAAUUACUUGGCAGCUUGGGAGAGCGAAUUCGAACCGUGUUUGAAAACCAAAAGCUUUCCAUGAUCUUAUUGCAAAAGGAAUUGAAUGUCAAUUGUAAUGCAGUUUUCAAUUGCCGUAUUGAUUAUUAUAAGCAAUUGCAACAGAUCUCGGACACAGUGCAGACGUCUGAUUUCCAUAUGAACAGAGAAGAAUUGGUUAUUUCCAAGAUCAUGACAAAGUUGGUUUCUUAUGGGCUGUUGCACAAGCAUCUCAAGUUCAAGAUGGAUAAAUCAGUUGCAAAAUUCCGCUAUUUGAGGGGUUUAACAGGAAGUGACGAGGACAUUAUCAAUAAGGAUGAAGAUGAAGCCUUGAUGUGUAUCAUUUGUCGUUCUACAAUUACUAUUGGUUCUCUCACUCAAUGUGGCCACAAGUAUUGUAAAGAUUGUUUGGAGCAGUGGUUGAGGAACAGCCAUAGUUGUCCCAUGUGUAAAUCAGUUAUCACUACGUCAUCGGUGUACAACUUCACACAUCAUAAACCUGACCUUAAGGCUAACAAGGUUGAAGAUGCGAAUACGGUUGAUAAGAACAACAAUAUCUUGUAUUCGAUUUACAAGCCGAUUUCAAAAGAUAUUAUCGAUGAAAUCCAACUGAUAAAAUUGAAGCAGUCGUACAGUUCCAAGGUUAAUAUGAUCGUCAAGCAACUGCUUUAUAUAAGAAGCCAGAAUCCAGACGCCCAGAUCGUUGUGUUUAGCCAAUGGCAGGAUAUGCUCUAUAUUCUUGGAACUGCUUUUAAAGCAGCAGAUAUCUCAUAUUUAGGAUCAUACGGAACUUUGACUCCAGACAUUGGAGGAGGAAGACGCAUAAAGAAGUACGACUCUGUGGAAACGUUCAAAGAUCCUCGUAACAAGAUCACCUGCUUUUUGUUGAAUGCUAAGGCACAGGCCAGUGGAUUGACUUUGAUCAAUGCUACUCAUAUAUUCUUGUGUGAGCCGUUGGUUAAUACGUCGUUGGAAUUACAGGCGAUCUCGAGAAUACACAGAAUCGGUCAGACAAAGCCCACCACUGUGUGGAUGUUUGCCAUCGAGAACACAGUUGAGGAAAGCAUUGUCAUUAUGUCGACUGGAAAGAGGUUGGAAUAUAUGAAGCAGCAAUCCAGCACGCCAGAGACACUUGAAAACGAUAAUCAGACAGCUUCUUCAUCGACUUCCGCUUCUGCUCUCAUUGCAAAGUCGAAAGAAAUCAACUUGAGCAAGGCAGAGUCGAUGGCGUUGAUGAACAGUGGAGGAAUUGAUACCAUGAUCAACAAGGGCAUGGCACAGGGAGAGGCGGUGACCAACUUCGAUCUUUGGUCUGCUUUCUUCAGUGCACGGACUCAGAGUCGUCCACUUGAACAGUUGCAGGAUUCGAAGGUGACGUAG